AUGCCAGAAACCUCGCCAACCCAUCAACCACCCCACGCAUCAAAACCAAACAAACCUACCUCUCCCCCGGAUACUCACCCAGUCGACGUCCCCCCCAACGGCGGCUACGGCUGGAUCUGCGUCGCCGCCGUCGCAACGAUAAACGGCCAUACCUGGGGCUUAAACUCCGCCUACGCCGUCUUCCUCGCGCACUACCUCUCUACCUCCACGUUUCCAGGCGCAACACCGCUCCAGUACGCCUUCAUCGGCGGGCUAUCCAUCUCCCAGGCCCUCAUCGUCUCGCCCGUAGCCACAUACACAACCCGGCGCUUCGGAACCCGAACCACCCUCUUCAUCGGCGUGUUCUUCGAAACCGUGGAUCGGAAUAAGGAGGUGGGGAGUAGGCAGGUCAGCUUCGACCACACCCUCUUCCGCAAACCCCAAUUCAUCGGCCUCCUCGCCUUCGGCGUCCUAAGCAUGCUCGGCUACAUAGUCCUCCUCUUCUCGCUCCCCUCCUACGCCCGCACAAUCGGCCUCACCGCAAACCAAGGCAGCAUCAUCGGCGCCGUCUUCAACCUGGGCCAGGCCCUCGGCCGGCCCCCCAUAGGCUACUUCUCCGACUCCAUAGGCCGGUUAAACAUGGCUGGCAGCAUGACAUUCCUCGUCGGAGUCUUCUGCCUGCUUAUCUGGAUCUUUGCCAAGAGCUUUGGUGUGUUGGUGUUUUUUAGUCUGCUGGGGGGUUGCGUGGCCGGCACGUUUUGGGCGACGGCUGCGCCGGUUACGACAGAGGUUAUGGGGUUGAGGGAUUUGCCGAGUGCGUUGAGUAUUACUUGGUUGGUGCUUGUGCUGCCUACUACUUUCUCCGAACCCAUCGGCCUCGAGAUCGUCGCGUUCAACGGAGGGAGCUACACCGGUGCUAUCCUCUUCACGGGCUGGAUGUACAUCGGCGCUGCGGUUUGUUUGUGGAUGGUGAGGACGUGGAAGAUUGGCGAGGAUGAAGAGAAUGCUGCGGCGGCUGCGAAGGGGGGCGUUGAUCCCACAGUGGCUGAGGCGGAGAGCUUUCAACGGAGUCCGUUUGUGAAGAGGAUGUUUAUGGUUAGAAAGGUUUGA